AUGCUGCUCCACGUGCUGUGCGUGUUGGCCCUCGCGCUGUGCUGCUGCACAUCUUUGUUUGUUACAGCAACUGGUACAACGGAUUUGUCAUCUACGACCGUUAACGCCCGGUUAACGUUGGAGGAGACAGUUGACGCUGACAGCUGCAAAGCGCCGACAACCUCAGCUACUGAGGGAUCCAGAAAAGUUACUAUCUCUACUAAGGCAUUAUUGAGCCAUUCUUCUGGCCUACCAAAAUUAAACGACGCCCAGAGCAGCUCAAGUAAGGAAUUGGACGUUUCCGUUGGGCACAACCUAACUCUGGGCCACAAAUGGGUUGUUGAAUGUAAGAAAAAAGGCAACACUUUGUCUGACACUUAUGAGCCGUGCUGUUCAGGCGGAAAAUGUCCAGCUUCUGCAAAAUACAUCACCUAUGUUUUGUCUGUGGUGACCACUGUAACUGGAUACAGCACCAAAAGUAUCAUCAAGAGCGAACAGAGCUAUGGGAAAGUUCCAGCUGGGUACGACGUGAAAAUUGUCGGUGGGGCUGUGGCCACGUGCAUCCCUACACCUCUAACCAAGCCACCACCGUCUAAACGGACUGCGCUUCCUCUCAAACCACAAAAUGUAUCGCCUGGUGACAAAGGCUCUAAGGAACAUGCUAAACUACCUGCAUCGCAUUCACUUGAGAGUGAUACCAUCACAAGAGGAACAGGCAGUCGGGAGCCUCGCGCACAAGAUUCACAACAACAAUCUGGUACCACAGAGCAUAACCCAGCCACCAACAGUGCAACGUCAAAAGAUGAACCCAGUGAUGGAGGAAAGGACAGUUCUCUUAUCAACAAGGUUUCCACUCCACCUCUCACCGAAGAAGAGGCCAAAGAAGCCGAAAGCUCCGUCACAGUGAACGACGCCGCUCAUACUGCCUCCACAGCCACACCUCAAUCAGAGACAACCGCCGAAGAAGCUCCCAAAUCUGACGUCGAUAUCCCCACUCCUGCCGGAGAGGGUGCGGCAGACAACAAGCCACCUCCGUCCACCAGUAUCGUUUCGAAUGGCGUGAACCUUCCUGACCGCAACACCGACGCCAGCAGCAGCAACACUGCGUGGGUGCGUAAGCUGCUGCUUCUGCUUCUGCUUCUGGCCUGUGUGGCUCUGUGGUAA